CUCCCGCUCUCCCUGUCCCCAGAUAAAAUCUGUGACCAGAUCAGUGACGCUGUCCUGGACGCCCACCUCAAGCAGGACCCCGAUGCCAAGGUGGCCUGUGAGACGGUGGCCAAGACUGGGAUGAUCCUGCUGGCAGGGGAGAUCACCUCCCGGGCCAAUGUGGACUACCAGAAGGUGGUCCGGGACACCAUCCGGCACAUCGGCUACGACGACUCUUCCAAAGGCUUUGACUACAAGACGUGCAACGUGCUGGUGGCCCUGGAGCAGCAGUCCCCGGACAUCGCCCAGGGCGUGCACCUGGACCGCAGCGAGGAGGACAUCGGCGCCGGGGACCAGGGGCUGAUGUUCGGGUACGCCACGGACGAGACGGAGGAGUGCAUGCCCCUGACCAUCGUGCUGGCACACAAGCUCAACGCCAAGCUGGCCGAGCUGCGCCGCAGCGGAGCCCUGCCCUGGCUGCGCCCCGACUCCAAGACACAGGUGACGGUGCAGUACAUGCAGGACCGCGGGGCCGUGAUCCCCAUCCGGGUGCACACCAUCGUGAUCUCGGUGCAGCACGACGAGGAUGUGUGUCUGGACGAGAUGCGUGACGCUCUCAAGGAGAAGGUCAUCAAGGCCGUGGUGCCCCCCAAGUACCUGGACGACGACACCAUCUACCAUCUGCAGCCCAGUGGACGCUUCGUCAUCGGCGGGCCCCAGGGCGACGCAGGGCUGACGGGCCGUAAGAUCAUCGUGGACACGUACGGGGGCUGGGGGGCCCACGGCGGCGGCGCCUUCUCGGGCAAGGACUACACCAAGGUGGAUCGCUCGGCCGCCUACGCCGCGCGCUGGGUGGCCAAGUCCCUGGUGAAGGCUGGGCUGUGCCGCAGGGUGCUGGUCCAGGUCUCGUACGCCAUCGGGGUCUCGCACCCCUUGUCCAUUUCCAUCUUCCACUACGGCACCUCCCAGAAGAGCGAGCGGGAGCUGCUGGAGAUCGUCAAGAAGAACUUCGACCUGCGGCCUGGGGUCAUCGUCAGGGAUCUGGAUCUGAAGAAGCCCCUCUAUCAGAGGACUGCAGCCUAUGGCCACUUUGGUAGGGACAGUUUCCCUUGGGAAGUGCCCAAAAAACUAAAAUACUGAGGAAAAAAGAGCCUUGUUAGGGCUUUUCCCCCCACUCCCACGGGCGUAGGUUACAGAGAAGCCCGUGGGCUCUGGGGGAAGAGCUCCCGGCCCCCCCCAGCCCCUCCUUUUCUCUCUCUCUCGCCAUCAUUUCGGUUGCGUGGGGACCACGUGCCUCUCCCAGGGCCCCCCUGUGUCCCUCCAAAUCCCUCCAGAUAGUUUUUAACAAAUCCCAUCUGACUCCAACCUUGGAUAUGGGAAAAAGGCCCCAAGUGCCCCCCCAGCCUCCCCCCACUGCAGGGGGGGGCACCCCAUUUUGGGUCCCACCAGUCCUGCUGCAGGGAGGGACACCCAUUUUGUGUCCCCCCAUCCCCUCCUUGACCCCAAAUUCCACUACAUCAGGAGGACACCCCAUUUUGGAUCUCCAUCCCCUCAGUCCUGCUGUGGGGGACACACACCCCAUUUUGGCUCCCACUGUCCCCCCAGUCCUGCUGCAGGGGGGGGAUACAAAAACUCCUCCAUUUUGGCUCCCCCGGUCAUCCCCCCCACAGCCCCCAGUCCCAUUGUGGGGGGACACCCCAUUCCACCUCCCCGUCCACCCUGGGACCUCGCUGGUGCUGGUUUUGGUUCUUAACCCUCAUUUUUAACCUCUUUUUGCUCCAAAAAUGCACAUUGUGGGGGACACACGCUAAAACCCGCCCCCAGACCCCCCCAGCUCCCCCCACCGAGGGUUCGGUACCAGAGGAAAAUAUUUUACAUUUCUCUUUUCUUGGGUUUUAAUCCAAAAGCUGAAGUGACUCCCCAACUGCACAACCUCCCCCACGCCCCCGUCCCGCCGAUGGGGGGGCACCCCCCAACUCUGUCCGGAUUUUGGGGGGAAAGGGGAGGAUUUGGCCCUUGAUACUUGAAGGUUUGGUGUAUUUAUUGUGUGCCGAGGUGGGGGCGUGAGUACAGAGAAGCCCCCGCGCUCAGCCGGCAGCUCCUGACCCCCUGAAAGCCCCCCCGCCCCUCCCCCUGCUUUCCCCCCACCCCCCCACCAGUUUGGGGGGAAACAGGGGGGAAUUGGGUUUGUUGGAGCGCUGGGGGUGCCCCUGGGCGCGGCGCCCGUGGCCGGUGUGGUACAGAGAAGCCGGCUUGUUUACUGCCCGCCCGGCCCGGCCCCCCAAAGUGCCUUGGGGAGGGGGCAGGGGGGCUUUCUCUCCUCCCCCGAGUAGUUUUUUUUUUCUUGGUUUUACUAUUUUCGGGAGGUUUCGUCCGAAUGUUUCGAUCCACCGAGUCCAAAAAACAAACUUCAAAAACAAAAAGUCUCAAUAAAAGUGAAGUGAUGGGUUGGA